AUUCUAAUUCUCCACAAAACUCUCACAAGUAAUCCUUUGUCUCCAUGAUAUAUGAUACCACCAAAACCCUAAUCUCAUAGAAUUUUUGCUGUCUGGAUUUUCCUCUCCCAAGCAAUUUUUGGAAUUUAGAGAUUGGGAAUAGAGGAGAGAGAUUCACAUGGAAGGAGGAGAUCAGAGCAAGGAAGAAGCUUUGCCUCCCGGUUUCCGAUUUCAUCCAACGGACGAAGAGCUAAUUUCAUAUUAUUUGGUGAAUAAAAUCGCCGACGCAAAUUUCACCGGAAAAGCGAUCGCCGACGUUGACCUCAACAAAUCUGAGCCCUGGGAACUUCCUGCAAAGGCGAAAAUGGGAGGGAAAGAGUGGUACUUCUUCAACCUAAGGGACCGGAAGUAUCCGACGGGGGUGAGGACGAACAGGGCGACGAACACGGGUUACUGGAAAACGACGGGAAAAGACAAGGAGAUAUUCAACAGCACGACCUCUGAGAUGGUCGGGAUGAAGAAGACUUUGGUUUUCUACAGAGGCAGAGCUCCUAGAGGCGAGAAGACUUGCUGGGUCAUGCAUGAGUACCGUAUUCACUCUAAAUCCUCCUACAGAACCUCCAAGCAAGACGAAUGGGUUGUGUGCAGAGUGUUCAAGAAGAGCGAAGGAAACAGGAAAUACACAAGCAAUAAUAGCACAAGAGCUUCAUCAACUACAAACCCUUACCCUGAAAUCUCACAAAAUCUCCUCCCGCUUCCUCCACAAUCCAUAAUCCAUCCCCAAGAUCAAACCUUUAACCGGAUUCUCAUGGCUAACACCCAGCUCGCCGAGCUCUCUCGCGUCUUCCGAGCCUCCACAAGCGCCAUGCACCCGCAUCUGAGCUACCAACUAGCCGGUGAGCCCACCAACAUGCCGGUCUCAGGUCUGAAUCUGAACCUAGGAGGAGGGGCGAUGGUUCAGCCACCGGCGCCACUCGAAGAUGCGGGCGUUAGUGGGCCGGAGAUGGGUGCCGGCUCUUCAUUUGCGGCGGAGGGUGGGUUUGGUGGGGUGGAGAUGAACCAUUGCAUGGACUUCGAUGGGUACUGGCCUUCAUAUUGAUGGACGUUUCAAGUGAUUUUAGUUUAUGUUUAUGUUUUUUUUUUGGUUGUUGUUAACUGAAGCAAAAGAUUUGAAGAUGUUAUGUUCGUUUGGUAAGAAAGUUCAUUGG